UGUGGUACGUGCAGCUUUGUGCGGAGUCGGAUAAUCCAAGUUAUCGGUAAUGAAAAAUGGGCAGACUUGUAUUUGAAUCAGUGCUUGCGUUUGUUUUGUUUGUUCGUGCCAUUAUCUUCAUCUAUUUUUUAAGGCAGAAACCAAUUAAGCUACCACAAUGCAAGCCGCUAACAUGGGCUUGUACUGCCUUCAUAUGCACGGAAACCAAUACAGAACUGAUGUCAAAACAGCAAAUAAUCUGAGGUGAGCUAUCAAAACAAGAACACUGCAUGCAAAUUGUUUCAAGUAGGCAUGGCUACUUGGCCCUUUCCAUUAGAUCACGUGCUGUUGAGCAGCAGAGUACUUGCCAGGGUUCUUGGUCUCAAUGACGUGAUUCUUUAUGCAGUGUGCGGC